AUGGCCUCGAUGAAACGCCCAACCUCCUCGGCACCAUACCCACUCUCCGACAAUUCCUCCUGCGUCGCGCAUCUGAAGAAGAUCAAACAUGAUCUCACCGGUCACGUCUCGCGCAAGACCGAAAGUCUCAACAAUGGCCUAAUUCCUCUGCUGGCAGACUUGCUACACAAAGCCCAAAAUUAUGACCAAGUGUAUGGACAUGUUGCUCAAAUACUCUCCAUCCUCGCCCACGAGGGCUUGCCUUUUAUCCAACAGCUCCUCGAAACCGACAUUUUGCCUAUCCUAAUAUCCUUUCUACGGUCUCCACCAUCUUCAAAGUCUGCCCUCACCGUCUUAAAAGCCCUGGUUGCCAUUUCCCAGCACAUGCCAACCCAGCUUGCCGAUUUACUGUACACAAAAAGCCAUAUAGCCUGCUUCACCACCAUCCUCCAAGCCGCCCACAGUGAGGUCGCUUCUCAACAAGCCUGUGAUGCGGUUUUGGCUUUGCUUUGCAGAACUCUCUGCCUCGAACAACACAAGCGCGCUCUUGUCGACUGCGGCCUGCUGGCUGCCCUCUGCGCCCGCCUGGCGUCCUUUGUCGUUGCCCAGGGCUUGGUCCCACCGGCCAUCAAAUCUCUCCAUGACGAUAUUCUUCUGCCACGAAGCUUGCCUGAACCCGCUCCAACAUUCGCCCAUCUAUCCCCCGUCCUCGAGUCUCUGUCCAUUUUGAUCCAAGCAUCCAGGACCAGGACCAAGAUGUUACUCACCGACCCCACUCUCAAACUCGUCCUACCAGAUCUCAAGGAUGAUUUUUCCCCAUCAGAUCUCCGCCGUGGACCCUGGGGAACGAGCUAUUUCUCUGGCACUGCCGUCCCUCGCGCCCGCGUCGCUGGGCCUUUUGAUUCUCUCUUGCCCUCUGUCCCUGUCUCUAACCAGAACAAUCAGGCCGGAUUUCCUCCUCUGAGUUCAGUCCAACCGAUGCCCAAGCGCCGAACUUCGUUCAUUCCGGCCUCUUCCCCGGACGUUCCUCAACUGCCACUUGGCCAACCUGUGCUUGAGGAAGCGGAAGAGCCAUCCCUCAUCCCCUGGCUUUUGUACACCAUUCGCGAGUCCCGCGGCAAGCGACGUCUUUUGGCUGCAAAAUUGUUAGUCAACUUCUACAGUCUAAACUUGGUCAACCAAUUCCGUACCUCAACUUUUGCAUCUCUGAUAGUCCCCCUGCUGACCCGAAUGCUCGAGGCCGAACAUUCGAGGUUGGAAGAUAUGCUUUCCCCUGCCGGAUCUUAUCUUUGCAGUGGUUUACACUACACGAAGGCCGUCCCGGCUGUCCUCGCCAUGUUGAUUAUGGAUGAUCCUGAAAUGCAACGGGUCACUGUUGAAGGAAAGGCUAUUGCGAAUCUUGCGGCUGGAUUAAAACUCACAUUCGAUCAUCCCAUUGUCCAGAAGGCGGCGCCGUGGCACCCCCAUAAACCGACCAUUUCUUACCCAAAGCCCCAAAUUUCAACUCAAAAUUUGAAACCUGACAGCCUAGCUACAUCUACCCUGAGACAAGAGAUGGAGUUUCGAGCAGGGUGCUUGCAAGCCAUAGGAGCCAUAGCACCUUUCCACGAUGAAUACCGCAAAGAAAUCUGUGACCAAGGUAUAUUAGCCUACAUCAUGUCCGCGCUCGAACCUUAUCAAGUCCAGAUAGGUGUUAACGACGAAAUGGAGCUCGUCGGAAACUCUACUCCGGUUGUUUUGGCAGCUUGUGGUGCUGUACGAGUGUUGACAAGGUCUGUCCAAGCAUUGAGGACUAAAUUGGUGGAAGCAGAAGUGGCAAAACCGAUCAUCAAGCUGAUGAAUUCAACCGACCCAGAGAUCCGCAUUGCUGCUACGAUGGUUCUUGCUAAUCUCGCGAUCGACUUCAGUCCGAUGAAAGAUGGUGUCAGCGAAUCCACCGUUUUAAAGAAACUUUGUGAGCAGGCUCAUUCUGCCAAUGCCCGUCUUCGACUGGAGUCAUUGUGGGCCUUGAAACAACUGGUCCUGAAUGCCAAUAAGAAACUCAAGCAAGAGGUGGUUGAUGAAUUGGGGUCUAGCUGGAUCAAAUUGUUGAUCAAGAUUGAUCCUAUUGACAUACCCGAAGGCGAAGUCAUAGGACUUGUGGAGCGGGACUAUCCCCCCUUGAAUAUCUAUCACCCACCUCCACCACACCGAGCCAUCCCCUCUCCAGAUGUAGUCAUGAGUGAAGACUCGGACGACGAACAGGGGACAGCACUCCAGCCAGGAUCGAGCUCAGACUUGACUGGUAGCUUUGACACCAGACAUACAAUUGAGGAUGACAUUGAAAUCCAGGCACAAUUGCUGGAUCUUUUGAGAAACCUUUUUUGCGGCGACAAUGCAUCGGAUCUUGUCAAGUAUAUCUUGGAUGAGAUGGGCCACGAAGAUUUCUUUAGGAUUAUGCUUGAUCGGUUACGACCCCGAACUCAUGUAGGGCCCACACGUAAGGAUAACUCGACGACGCCCGCCCCAACCGUGAUCGUGAUGAGGGUGCUCUACAUCAUUGUUCAUGUGGCAGCCUGUGAGCCGCGGUGGCGUAAUUCCAUCGCAUCGAAUCAUGCGUUGACGAAGCAAAUUUUGACCUUCUCUAGCCACGCUGAUCGAGAGGUCCGGGCGCAAUGUUGUUGGAUAGCUAUUAAUUUGACGUAUGAGGACGAUGCGGGUGAUCGGCUGGCAUGCAGACAGCGAGCGAUGGAGCUAGAGAAGGUCGGGUUUGUCCUGUCGCUUCGAAAACUCGAGAGCGAUCCCGACUUGAAUGUCCGAGAGAGGGCCAAAUCAGCCAUACAUCUCAUAACAAAGUUGAUAGCUGCAUAA